UUUCAAUCCGUUUAGUACGAUUUGGUGAGGUAACGACGACAACGACAUGGUCAGGUAUCGGAUGGCGGAGAACCAACUGGCAGAACAACCCAUUAGGAAGAAACCAACUUCAAGUAUUCGCUUUGCUGAGCCGUCAAUCGACUCGUAAGUCGUUCAAACGGUCAAUACACCACCAUAGUAAAGCUACGACAAACAAGUAACAACCGAUAUUACAACGAGUAUUAUUAAUAGUGGCCUACUAUAAACACCGACUGCAGCUAACUGUGUACAGGCCGGCACGUCCAGCAUCGGCGAAAGGCGGCUUAAAGGCCGCGGCGAUGACAGUGGCCGUCAGGCCGCGUCGUUCUCCUGAAACAUGUUUUUGGCGCUUCCAGCGCACGAUAGCAUUGACAACAAAGAAUCGCUGUCCGGUGAAUUGGUGUAGCGCGUCUCCAUCAUCCCGACUAUUUCCAUUAGACGGUGCACUCGCGGAGUGCCCUUUGCUACUACUAUAGUAAGUCCAAUUUCUAAUACGAUCGCAGCUCUGGAGGCCCGAGCUGCUUCAGUAGAAUGCGCGUUAACGUCGCAGUCCCUUCAGCCAGCUCUGGGCGCCGGCUACAUCCCGGCAUAUAUCAGUAGUUCGACUGUGACAUACCUGUUUAGAUAAUACGUACCAACAGUUGGCACACAUUGGUACGGUUACUGUGGCCGUUGUGGCUUAGAAAACGCCGAACGUUGUCAUGUUAAACGACUAAUAAAUUUAAUGAAAUGGGCUGAUCGGUAAUGAUGGUGGCGCCUGUGAUACAUUUGUAGGUAAGCAACUAGUAUCGAGCUGCGCCGACCUUACCUAAAGGGCUGGGAAACGGCGCCCCACGCAAAAGAGGCCUACAAAAUGAACAUGUGACGUUGUAACAGAAGAUACAACAAGGGCAACCGCACCAUUAUUAGUUAUGGCAACUUCUGUGCUCGUAUACUACGAAGCGUGUGUGUGUUCUUACCCGACAUUAGAAAAUAUCCUGUUCCGACGGCCUUUUUCGCUACUCGUUCGUGUAGACGGAGACACGAAACACAGCCGAGUUAACUGAGAGCUUCCGAACCGUCUAUUCUACGACGUCUGCUGAAACUGGACAUAGUUGUAUCUGCAUAUAUACAUAUGUAUAUAUAUAUGUAUAUAGUGCAAGGCAGAGAGAUACGCAAAAAACGAUACACAUAUAUUUAUAUAAAGAAGAAAAGAGCACGAGGGCAAACAGCGAAACGCCAGCUGAUUUGUACUGACCCAUUGACCAUGUUUAAAUGAUUAUGAUUCGUUAUACCUCCUCAUUCUUUGCUGGCUGGCACAGUGUAGAGUGCAGCUUUCGUGAGUUCCGCGGAGUUCCGACACGCCAGUGAAACAGGGCAAGACUCUAAGUCAAUAUGAUAAUCCGCCCAUAACCGCCAGCGUGGUGAAGUCAUCUCUAGAGAAGCGCGUGCUAUAUAUACAUAUAUAUUUUUUUUUAUUCACCUAUAAUAGUUAUCCGCCUAUAUGUUCCUCAAGAUGGCUAUUUUGACAUUAACAAUUCUGACAACACUAUGUUCAUUAUGGCGAGGUCCGGCAGGCCGAACUAUUCCCUACGGAUUCGUCGUCCUAAUCUGGCUAGUGAUUCUUCUUUCUUUAACGAAAGAAUCACUAGGUGGUCCUCACGAGAAGCGGCUACUCAACGACCUACUGGCCAACUAUAACGUCCUUGAGAGACCGGUUGCCAAUGAAUCCGAACCCCUUUUACUCAGCUUCGGUCUUACGUUACAACAGAUUAUCGACGUGGACUGGGUUGACGUCAACCUUCGCUGGGACCCCGUCAAGUAUGGGGGUGUCAGCGAUCUACGAAUACCUCCGCAUAAAAUAUGGAAGCCAGACGUUCUCAUGUACAAUAGCGCUGACGAGAAAUUCGACGGCACGUACCCCACAAACGUGGUGGUACGAAGCAACGGCAGCUGCAAUUAUAUUCCACCAGGCAUCUUUAAGUCGACAUGCAAGAUCGACAUCACGUGGUUCCCGUUCGACGAUCAAAUGUGCGAGCUCAAGUUUGGAUCGUGGACAUAUGCAGGGCUACAGUUGGACCUUCGCCUCAACUCCGAGGACGGUGGUGACUUGAGCUCAUAUAUUCAAAAUGGAGAGUGGGACCUGCUGGGGUUACCGGGUGUUCGCAAUGAAAUCACCUACACAUGCUGCCCCGAGCCGUACAUCGACAUUACUUAUACGAUCAAGAUUCGCCGCAGGACGCUUUACUACGGAGUGAACCUGAUUAUACCCUGCGUGCUGAUAUCAUCCAUGACACUGCUGGGUUUCACGUUGCCUCCGGACACAGGAGAACGGCUAACCCUCGGUGUGACCAUCUUGUUGUCGCUGACAGUGUUCAUGUUGCAACUGGCGGAGGCGUUGCCUCCCGUCUCGGACGCCGUGUCAAUUAUAGGAACGUACUUUGCGUGCAUUAUGGUGAUGGUGGCAUUCUCGGUCGUGAUGACUGUCGUCGUGCUUAAUUACCACCAUCGAAAUAAGGAAACCACGGAGAUGCCCCGGCCGGUCAAGUCGCUGUUCCUGGUGUGGCUGCCCUGGCUCCUACGGAUGGAUGUUCCUCAGGGCGUGAGCCUAAAUCCCCGCCGACGGCAAGGAAGCGGGCGAGACAACGUAGCUCCCGUUAAGAGUAAUCACGCCUCCAAGAUACUCAAGGAGCUCGAGCUCAAAGAACGUUCGAGUCGCAGCCUCUUAGCGAAUGUGCUAGACAUUGACGACGACUUCAGACCUGCCAACUCCGCGUGUUUCCUACAACCGCCGCCGCCACCGAGGUCUCAACCUCCGUGUGUGCCGCCCCUCCACCAUCACCAGUCUUACCACGACAUCACGACCGAAUCGACGGCUGCCACCAUCUCUUCGGUCCCGCCGUGCUUGCAGACGCAAAGAGAUCUCGCGGACAUUGUUCGCGAACUUAAGUACAUCACCAACAGGAUGAGAAAGGAGGAGGAAGAGCACGAAGUGGUAUCAGAAUGGCGCUUCGCGGCUAUGGUGAUCGACCGAGUGUGUCUGAUCUUCUUCACAGCCUUUACGAUCAUCUCAACAAUUGCCUGCCUCUUCUCGGCGCCGCAUCUCAUCGCCUGAACAUCAAUCUAUCAUCAUUAACAUCCAUUACCAUCAACUCAUCAUCAAUUUGAAUUACUAGCCAUCAUCAUCCAGAGCAACAACAAUAAUAAUGCCUCUAUGCUGAGGCGACGCAAUGGGUGAGCCGUCAUUAGCAGCUACCAUAGCUAUAGUUUUACAUGUUGUCCUAUUAGUAUUGAUACUAAGUGGUUACCGUAUCCAUUUGUGCCAUCGCAAUGCUGAAAAGUCGUAGACUAAAUUGACAAAUUGACUGAUUUCUCCAAUUGUCACGUCUUCAGCUUUACUUGUAACGAUCGAAGAAGACUCGGGGAUCAUUUCGCCGAGCGAAUGAGAGAACACUUUAAUACUACCAGCCUUAGCCCAGCCCGUUCCAAUAAACGGACGGUAAUUGCUCAUAUUUGACGGCUCAUUUGGUCGUCGCCUUAGGCGCCGCUAUAGUCGAUGAAGCGCCAAUGAUACAAAGAAACCGGUCGACGUUCAUUUGACAGUAACAAUAGGUGAAUGAAUUAGCGCUAGACUAUGAAUCAACAAGGAGACGCUGCACGGCUGAGCGUCCGUCAAACGAGCUCCGUUCAGGCGAACGUAAUAGCGAGUCGUGGAAGGGGAUGUUUCCUUUUCGAACGAGAGCAAAGGGAAGAAAGAAGCGAAAAAGUAGAUUUCAGAGUAAAAAUCAGAAAUACUUAUGAAACAGGCCGAUGAAUACACCCGUUCCCUCAGCCGGUGGCGAGCCGCGCCGUUAAUCUGUAGCAUGCGUUUCAAUUUCGGCAGUAGCAAACGCCAGAAUUCGAUAAUCAUCGGGCAGAAACGGACGACAAGCAGUCCAUGGCAGAAGUGAAAGCAAUAACUAUACAAGUGCUUUUGUAGUGAGCGAAGAAUAAAAAAGUAGAUACAUGCGACAGGAGUCGUUUACGAGUGCCGCCACAAUCUUAUGCGCAAGCAACAGUAAACCUCUAAGAAAAAGCAAAUCGGAAUUAUACACAUCGAUCAGUCAGUGGCGACGGGCUUGACAAAACAAAUCAGAGAAAAAUAAUGAUAAAAUUAUGCCUUAAGCCACCCGCCCCCGCUAAUUAGGCCUACCUCAGAAAUUUAUGUUGUUAAAAUUCAUCUAUUUAUGAAUAACAAAGAAAAAACUACUAACACCAUGAUCAGAAUUUUUC